UUAAUAAAUCCUAGUCGACUAACAUAUGGGUCCUUUCCCCUCGUUUCUCCAUCCUCUUUCUUUGAUUAGUAGUAGUAGUCUCAUAGACCCUGGCCCUUGGCUAACUUUUGCUUCACCUAGAUCCAUUCACUAAAGCCUGACUUAGUAACAGGUUUCAAUCCAUCCCGUCACCACUUUGCCCAAAUAAAGCACCGUGCCUAAGGCUGAAACUAAUUGAGUCCAUGUACCUUUCUUUGUGCUUAUAGCUUUCUUAUUCGGUCUAUGUUUUAUCUUUAUUUUGGACAGCAAACUAGUUGAGAACAGUGACUUUUUUUGUUUGUUUCGUUUUUGUAGCUCUGUAAGCUGAGGUUCUCAGUAAGUAAAUGCUGGUGACAAAUUUGCAAAUCUCAAUUAAAUUCAACACGUAUUAUCAGACUCUCUCAGGCAGAGCAUUGUUAGGGAGGCCCUAGAGGAGGUGUUUGGAUACGACCCAGCUCUCGCCUUCAUAGACAUUAUAUCUAGUAGCAAUUUGAAAAGGAAAGCUUUAUUUAUGGGUCCAGGCCUUAUCUAUCAGUCACCUCCAGUAGUCUCCCCUCACUUCCUCCUUCUCACCUUCCCCAUUUCUCCAGCCCAGGGCUUCCUUCUCUCUGCCAGAGUACUGUCACUCAAUUCCCCACAUGUAUUCAGAGGGCUCCAGGAUACAGGGGCACCCACGGAGACUUCUGCCGAGGCCCUGCAGGGUGCUGGUGCUACUGAACCCCCGGGGAGGAACCGGCAAGGCCCUGCACCUCUUUCAGAACAGAGUGCAGCCCAUGCUGCAGGAAGCUGGCUUCUCCUUCCAGUUGCGACAGACUGAGCGGAGGAACCACGCGAGGGAGCUGGUGAGGACUGAGGACCUUUCCUCCUGGGAUGCCUUGGUGGUGAUGUCUGGAGAUGGGCUGAUGCACGAGGUGGUGAACGGCCUCAUGGAACGACCUGAUUGGGAAACAGCGAUUCAGAAGCCUCUCUGUAGCCUUCCAGCAGGCUCUGGCAACGCUUUGGCUGCAUCUGUAAACCAUUAUGCAGGCAAUGAACAGGUGACCAAUGAAGACCUACUGACCAAUUGUACGCUGUUGCUGUGCCACGGGGGACUUUCUCCCAUGAACCUGCUUUCCUUACACACAGCCUCAGGCAGCCGCCUUUUCUCUGUGCUCAGCCUGGGCUGGGGCUUCGUUGCAGACGUGGACGUGGAGAGUGAAAAGUACAGGUGCCUGGGAAAAAUUCGAUUUACCCUGGGCACAUUCCUCCGCCUGGCUGCCCUGCGCACCUAUCAUGGCACAUUAUCCUAUCUCCCAGUUGGAGCACCUUCUUCCAAAAUCUCAGCCGGACCUCCCUUGGACCAUGACCAACCAGGCCCUGUGGAUUCACUCCUGGUGCCUCUGGAGCAGCCGGUGCCAGAAAACUGGACGGUGGUGCCUGACCACGAGUUUGUCUUGGUGCUGGCUCUCCUGCAUUCCCACUUGGGUAGUGAGAUGUUUGCUGCACCAAUGGCUAGGGGAAGUGGAGGGGUUGUACAUCUGUUCUACCUUCGAGCUGGUGUGCCCCGGGCUACGUUGCUUCGCCUUUUCAUGGCCAUGGAAAAGGGUACACACAUGGAUCUGGACUGCCCUAAUCUGGUGUAUGUGCCGGUGGUAGCCUUCCGCCUAGAACCUCAUGACACCAGGGGCAUGCUUACAGUGGACGGGGAGCAGCUGGUCAGUGAAGCUGUCCAAGGCCAGGUGCACCCUGGACGUUUUCAGUUGGUUAGUGGCUGUCCAGAACUAAAGCCUGGUCCCGAGCCAAGUCCUCUACCCUGCUCAGAAGACUCUGCUUCAUCAGAGUUCACUUCUUAAACAGGGCCCUAAGCAGGGCUUGUGGCCACCAUCGGACUUGCAAUGCUGGGUCCUAGUCUGCUUUGUAAACAGGGAGUGCCUUACCCCUAAGUGAAAAGGAAAACCCUCCACAGGUUAGGUAGUUCCAGGACUCCAAAAUUAGGCAAAUCGGCUCUAUUAGAUGUUCAAGAUUUCCUCACUUCAAGACCAGAGUUAGUCAAACUCUAUUGGUCAGAGGUAGCAUACCAAAAUCUAAAUAAAGUGACUUUUUCAGGUUGCCUAGUCCCAUCUCUGGGGGAUAAGGAAAAAGUGGGACCUUGGCCCUAGGAAAAAUGAUAUUUUACAUGAUGCUUUACAGUGACAAAGUGCUUAAAAUCCAGGUUCAUUUGAGCUAUUCUGUUUGCAGAUGAGGAAAAAACCAAACUUGAGUUUGCUAUUUGCCCAAGGUCAAUGAUAAAACUUGAAUAAACUUUUAAGUUCAGUGCUGUAGAA